ACAAUCCCGGAAUUACCCCGACACGGAAUUGUUAUGGCGUUGCCAAGGGGGAGGGGCAAUUUUUUUCCCUUCUUUUUAUUAUUCUAGAAGAAAAAUUAAACAUGUCAACACGGUACGCCGUUCCGGGCAGCUGUUCAUUUCUGGGUUCUCCGCGUAGGUGCAUCUUGCAGCGUGCUAUUUUUCGGAACUACGAGAGGUGAUCACUGUCGAGUAGCAGUUUCAAAAAUGACAUUCGUAAAUGGGAAAUCGCGCGGUAGUUGGUCCUACGGUGCGCGGUGAACGAUUGUCGCCACGAACGUUUGGCAACAGUGUGGAAGGGCAUGGGAAACCUCUCUCGCGAGCUGCUUUCAGCGACUGUUUCCUUGUGGAUCCCGUCAUUUUUUCCUCCGAGUACGACAGUGUGCGCGACGUAUAGAAUGCGAAAUGCGUGGAUCGAAUGCAGAUAUGUGGGUGCGUGUUGUUUGUUGUGUUAAAAACACGCCUGGCGAAGUGAAUCCCCGUUGCAACGGGAUGCUGACAUUGGUGAAGUGUACGUAGCUGAUGAGGCGGUGUCGGUGGGUUGAAGUGGUUUCCCCUCGCUGGCCUGAUCUGAAGUCGCCAGCAUGGAGCCCUUCGUCACCCGCAUCGGCGACGUGACCAUAGAGAGGGUUCUCCCCAAGUCGGACCGCGCCGGAGCCAAGGACUUCAAAGAAGUGCCCGCCAGUCCCACCGCUCCGAAGCGCGGGUCACCACCCAGCGACAAUGAAGGCAUUCCAGUUAACGAAGACUUGCAGAUAUUCAUGAAGCCGCCCUCGUCUGACUCCGGGUUCGACAGGCCUCCGAAGGACGGGGACGGCGCGGCCGAGAGCGAGCUCGAAGCCGGGGUGGUCGCACCGCCCAAGCCGUCCGAUGCCAGCGAUGCCAGCGACAUGUCCACGGACGGAGAGGAAACGGACAAUGAAGAGAGCGAGAUGGAAGGGGAAGACGCGGAUGCGGAGGCGGAGGCGGACGAGAGAACCAAACACGACAGUGAUGGUGAAGUAAAGAGUCAGAUGGAGGACCCGGAACUUGAACACCAUCUCGAGAGGACAGAGAGUUUUGAUAUGUGUAGUGAUAAAGGGGACCCUAUGUUAGAAGGUGGGGAGGAGUCUGCAAAUAUUGACUUGAAUAUCGAUAUACCUGACGGUGAAUCAUGUGAUUCCAACAAGCGAAAGGCUCCUGAUGGAAGCAGUUUGAGUCCUGGUGUUGGAGGUCAGAAGAAGAAGAAAUCUGGGAACGACAGCGGCAAGGAAGGGAAGAACGGCUCGUCCUCGGACUCGGAGGACAGCCAGGACGGGGACAGCAAGACGAUGGUGGAGCGCAAGCUGUCGAACAUGCGCAGGAACAUCCGCGAGGUGAUGAGCGAGAACCAGCUGGACGAGGAGACCCUGGCCGCCCAGCGCCAGGAGAUGGAGCGUCUGCGGAGGGUGCAGGAGCAGCAGAGGAUCAUCAGAGAGGUGCAGCGACAGAUCGCCAUGAACCGGCAGAACAACAAGACGCAGAACCGCGUGAUCUCGAUACUGCAGGGGAACUCGUCGAUCCUGAAGCAGAUCCCGGGAGCGAGCGGCACUGGCUCGGGCACCCAGGUGAAGCUACCCAACACGGUGCUCGUGAAGCUGUCGUCUCCGUCUUCGUCCUCCACUACCACCACUACCAACACCGGCACGCAGGGCAACAAGAAGCAGUUGAUAGAAUUUCUGAGGGUGCAGAAGAGCCUGAGCUCCGGGCGCACCAUCUCGCAGGCGGGUGUGACGCGCUCCCUGGUGGGGAGCAAACAGCGCGCCGCGGGCCAGGUGCACAUGAUGACUCCCUCGGUGUCCAUCGCCCCGGUGACCAGCUCUGCCCGCCAGCAGCAGCAGGACCUUCCCACCGACUCGGACUCGGACGAUGAUUACGAGUCGGACAGCGAGGUGGCACGCGCUGCCAUGAGGAAGGUGGCGGGCAAGCCCAAAGGAAAGGAUGUAGUGACCAUCAGUAGCAGCAGCGAUGACGACUGCAUACUGCUGUCGGAGCCGUCGAGCGGGGACGAGGAGCCCGUGGACGACCCCACGAACUCGGGAAUGCACACGAACGACAUGUACAACAUUCCCGACGAGCAAGGGCGAGUCCUGGUGAACGUGGGACAUCCUGCUGAAGACGAGGAUAUCUUCAUAGCCCCGCAGAUUGCAAGAGUUAUUAAACCACAUCAGAUUGGUGGAGUUAGAUUUCUUUUUGACAAUGUGGUGGAAUCAGUAAGCAGGUUCAACACCUCAACUGGGUUUGGCUGUAUCUUAGCCCAUUCAAUGGGGUUGGGAAAGACUCUGCAGGUUGUGUGCUUCUGUGAUAUAUUUCUGAGGCAUACGUCUGGCCGCACAGUGUUAUGCAUCAUGCCUAUAAACACUCUCCAAAACUGGAUGGCAGAGUUCAACAUGUGGCUGCCACGGGAGCCAGAAUGUUCCGAAAGUCCGCUGGCGACCCCCGGAGACAUCAGGCAUCGCAAUUUCCCGUUGCACGUUCUCAACGACUCGCACAAAACCAUGGCCGCUCGUGCUAGGGUUAUAAGAGACUGGAGCAAAGAUGGGGGUGUGUUGCUGAUAGGGUAUGAGCUGUACCGUCAACUCAGUCUGAAACGGUCAAGCAAAACAAAAAAAGGGAAGCGCAGGAAGUCAGAUGAUUUGUUUGAUAGCGAAGGAGGUGGAGAUGAGAAAACUAAACUUCUUCUUGAUGACAUGCACACCGCUCUGGUUAAACCGGGACCUGACUUGGUGAUCUGUGACGAAGGACAUCGCAUCAAGAACAGUCACGCCUCCAUAUCGCAGGCUCUGAAGCAGAUCCGCAGCAAGCGUCGCGUUGUCCUCACGGGGUACCCCCUGCAGAACAACCUGCUCGAGUACUGGUGCAUGGUCGACUUUGUGCGCCCCAACUAUCUCGGCACCAAGACAGAGUUCUGCAACAUGUUCGAAAGGCCUAUCCAAAAUGGGCAGUGUAUCGACAGCACUCCGCAGGAUAUUCGACUGAUGCGGUACAGAGCUCACGUGUUGCAUUCCUUACUUGAGGGAUUUGUUCAAAGGCGGAGUCACUCAGUACUUCAAGUAUCACUGCCUCAGAAAGAGGAGUACGUUCUGUUGUUACGUAUGACGAAUUUUCAACGGACACUUUACGACACCUUCAUGAACGAAGUUGUUAGAACUAAAGCUGUUCCAAAUCCUUUAAAAGCAUUUGCUGUUUGUUGUAAGAUCUGGAACCAUCCAGACAUACUUUACUACUUCCUGAAGAAGCGUAACUGCGGGGAGGAUGUUGACCUUGACUUGGAGGAAGCAACGGCAGCCGCCGCCGCGGCUGCUGCCACCCCGGGCACGCCCGUGGGAACUGCGAAUGUUGGCAGUCCUGUGAAGAGUGGCAGCAUGCCGAAGAAACCUCGGGGAAGGGCACUGAAAACGCCACAGCCCAAGAAGGAGAAGAAGCCACCAGCGUUUCGUCAGACAAAUUCCAGUAAGAAACCGGCUGCAACCAUCACGCCCAACACAAUGAACUCCAUCAGUGAUAAUGCCAGCAGCUUACCUGGUUCCAAUUUGCCGUUCACGUCACCUUCAAACCAAAUGCAGACCGAUAUUGGCCAACAAAACAUGCAUGUGGAUAUGCAGCAGCAGAAUCAGAACUUCGGCAUGUUACAACAGCAGCAGCCUUACGAUGGUUCUCAAUAUCAGAAUAUGUCAGCUUCAUCUUACCAUCAGGGAACGAGUAACCCAUCUUACGUUAACCAGGACUAUGGUCAGAUAUCUAAUUCAAGUGGCUAUAGCUCAAAUAACUAUGGUAAUAUGGGACAGUACAGCUCCAAUGGAUCAUAUAACAAUUGCCUUGAUCCUAAUAACCCAAAUAAUUCAUCUGGAUAUAACAAUAGUUCAGGAAACUCUUACUAUCCAAAUAAUAGUGGUAACCAACAAACUAACUAUGGUAAUUCUAGUAAUCAGCAAGCAAACUACAGUAGUUCUGGUAAUCAGCAAGCAAACUACAAUAGUUCAGUGGGUUAUUCAAACUAUCAAGGUAACAGCUCUCAAAGUGGGUAUCAUUGUGAUGCAAGUAUCAACAAUACAGGCACAGGAUAUUGGCAGGGUAGUGACUAUUUUUCACAAAGUACUCAGAGUCAACAAAACCCAAGUAAUGUAGUUGAUCAAUAUUAUGGUGGGAGUAACACUUUCGGUGCUUCUGGCAACUCCUCUUACUAUAGUAAUGAGUCAUAUGGUGAACAGAUUAGUGGUGGUUCUUUUGGUUGUCAGAACACUGGAAUAUUUCAGAACAUUGACUCAAAUAAUUCAAUGGGCUGCAGCAAUUCUCAGAAUUUUGUAGGUGAUAGUGGUGCCCAAAAAAAUUCACCCAGUGUUACAGGCAGUAUUCACCAAAAUCAUGCCCCUGCCAAUUUGGAUAAUUCUUUAGGUGCACACAACAUGAAAAAUCAGAACAGUGUAGCAAAUAGUGGAAACAUGGUUCAGAAUUCAUCUAGCAGAUACAACUCUACAAAUCUUGCUCCCAAUCAGCCGCAAGAAACUUCUCAAAGCGAAGUUGGUAAUGUUGAAAAAAAUUCUAUGGAUAGUCACUGUGUAACUUCUAAGAAUUUGUAUUCUGGGCAACAGAACCAGACAUUCUCUAGUAAUGUACAACAAAAUUCAGGAAGUAGCCAGAUAAAUAAUCAGCGGGGUUCUCCGUCGGGUCAGAUGGCGUUGCAGCAAGAUGCCGUCAACAGUGCUGGAAUGGCUAAUUCCAACAUGAACAUGCAACAUAAUACAGAUAAUUUGCCACAGAAAAAUUUGUUAAAUGUACCAAACAACAUGCUUUCUCAGCAGGCAAAUUUGAGUAGUAAUAAUAACCCUCACACCUCUGUUAGCAAUGCCAUCAAAGUUCAGCAGAAUGCUUUGAGUAGCAUAAAUGCUCAGCACAUGAAUCCUCAGCAAAAUCCCACAAAUAGUCAGAAUUCCCAGCAAAAUAUUUUCAUGGGUAUAACUGGUCAACAGAACUCCAUGAACACUAUGAGUGGCCAGCAGAACCUUAUAAAUGACCAGCAGAACAUGACUGUUCAACAGAUCCCAAUGAACAACAUGAAUGCUCAACAGAACACCAUUAUCAACAUUAGUGCACAGCAGACCCACCUAAAUUCCAUUAGUGCCCAGCAAAAUCCUGUGAACAUUGCAAGUUCUCAGCAUAACCCCAUGAAUAACAUUAGUGCUCACCAGAAUCCUAUCACAAGCAUGAAUACCCAGCAAAAUUCAAUGAAUUCUCAGCAGAACACAGUCAGUGGUUUGAACCAUCAGCAGCAGACCAUGAACUUAAUGAAUCCUCAACAGAAUAUGAUUAAUAUUAUUGAUUCUCAACAGAAUUCAAUAAAUGUUAUGAAUGCCCAACAAAAUCAUGUAAAUGCUCAGCGAAACAUCAUAGAUGUUGUGAAUCCACAACAGAACAAUAUGAAUGGCAUGAAUGUUCAGCAGAACCACAUGAGUGGCAUGAUAUCCCAGCAGAACCAUGGUAAUGGAAUGAUUCCUGAACAAAAUCACUUGAACCCUCGGCAAAUUCCCAUGAGUCAGCAAAAUUCUAUGAACAGUGACAUGAAUAUUGAGCGUAAUCCUGUGAACAACAUGAAUACUGAGCAAAGUCAUAUGAACAACUUGAAUUCUGUUCACAACUCUAGAAAUGGUUUGCACACCCAGCAAAAUCCCAUGACCACCAUUAAUGUUCAGCAAAGUUCUGUGAGUGCUUCAAAUUCCCAGCAGAACUCUAUGAAUAGCAUGAGUUCCCAACAGACUACCACAAAUAGCAUGAAUUCUCAACAAAACUCCAUAAAUAUGAAUACCAGUCAGAGCCCAAACAGUGCUAAUUCACACCAGAGUUCAAUGAACAUGAUGAGUGGUCAGCAGAACAUGAAUCCUCAGCAUAAUCCAAUGAACAGCAUGAAUGCCCAGCAGGACUCACUGAACAGCAUUAAUUCUCAACAGGGUUCUUUCAACAACAUGAAUCCUCCUCAAAGCUUAUUGAACAGAAUUGAUGCAGCACCACAGGGCUCAAUGAAUAGUAUGAAUUCACAGCAGGGUGCUUUCAAUGGCAUGAAUUUGCAGCAAGGCUCAUUCAACAGCAUUAAUGCUCAACGUGAUUCAUUUGACAGUAUGAAUCCACUGCAAGGUUCAUUGGAAAGCAUGAAUGCACAACAUGGCUCUGUUAACAACAUGAAUCCUCAGCAAAACCCAAUGGGUAGUAUGAAUGUUCCACAAAACCCAAUGAACAUGAAUAUGCGACAGCAUAAUUCUGUGAACAUGAAUUCCCAACAAACUCCUAUAAACACGAGUUUGCCUCAUGCUCCCGUCAGUGGUUUGAAUGCGCAGCAGAACACAUUGAAUAGUUAUAAUGCACAACAGAAUUCCAUUAACAAUUUGAACUCACAGCAGAGUCUUGUGAGCAGCAUGGCUGUUCAGCACAACCCACUGAACAGUAUGAAUGUUCUUCAAAAUGCAGUGAACACAAUAAAUGCUCACCCAAACCACAUGAACAUCCAACAGAAUGCAAUGAGCUGUGUCACUCCACAACAAAGUGCUAUGAGUCAUGUGAAUGUUCAACAGAAUGCUAUUACUACUAUGGGUGCACAGCAAAAUUCUAUGCCAAUCUUGAAUGCUCAGCCAAACUCUACAAACAGUGUAAAUGCUCAGAAUUCAAUGAAUAAUUCUAACCCACAAAAUUCUGUGAAUAUUCAGCAAACCUCCUUUAAUAACUUGAGUGUACAGCAAAGUCCAAUGAAUAAUUCAUGUCCACAGAAAAAUCCUUUAAACACAGGUGCACAGCAGCAGUCCAUGAAUACAAAUGCUGUUCAUCCCAUGAAUACAAGUGCUCAGCAUAACCCAAUGAACACUAAUGUGCAACAGAAUCCCAUGAAUCCUAAUCCUCAGCAGAAUCUCAUGAAUACAAGUACUCAGCAUAAUACCUUAAACCUGCAGCAGACUUCUAUGCAUGUUCAGCAUACCAUGAAUGGCCAACAAAAUUCAUUAAACAGCAAUAGCAUGAAUUCUCAGCAGAUGUACAUGAACCAAAUGACAUCUCAGAAACUUCCUGUGAACACUGUUAAUGCUCAGCAGCAACCAAUAAACAUAAAUCCUCAGCUGAAUGUAGGUGAUUGUUCACCGACUUCCCAUCAGAAUUCAACUACCUCUCUGAGUGCUCAUCACAAUUUGUCUUCAAGUACAGGAAAUGAUCAGCACAAGAAUUUAAAUUUAUCACAAAAUUGUGGAACAAACAUGGAGAAUAUGCAACACAAUUCUCAAACUAAUUCUGGGAAUGACCAACACAGUUCUUCAACAAAUACAGUAAAUCCUCCGUUGAGUAAUUUAAGUUGCACUCAAGAAAAUAUGCAGCAAGUUCAGGAGAAUGUUAGAAAUGGUUCGGAAAAAACGUCAGUUGGGAUUGCUAAUGAUAAGGAUCCAGCAUUAUCCAACAUGCCUGAUUCAUCCUAUUUGGACAACAGUCAACAAAAUCCAAUUUCUAACCUUCAAAAUCCACAGAAUAAUAAAGUUGAUCCCCAGAAUCAAUUAGGAAAUUCAACAAGUGAUCAAAAUGUCUCGACUUCUGUCGAAAAUCAGAAUAACCUGUAUGCAGGUUCAGUGAAUUCUUUCACCAACAAUUUUAGUCCUUUCGGUAACACAAAUUUUGGAAUGCAAAACCAACCUAUGGGUCCUGAAAGUCAACAAACUACAAUGGAUAGUUGUAACCAGAAUCGUAGCUUCUCCAGAAAUAUACAGAAUGAGGAAAUUCAUUCAAGUGAGAAAGUCACUGAGUUAUCUUCUGACACUAAACCAUCUCUGUCUUGGGAUCCAAACAAGCAUCAUUAUUGUGCAACGGAAUCAACAGAUUUGAUGAAAUGUGAGCCAAAUGUUGAUCUCAAUUCUGAAUGUAAGAAUAAAAUAACUUCUGUAGUGAACAUAAGUGAAGCAGAGAAAAAACUAGACUCCACAGGUAAAGAUGAUAGUUCUGAGUUUGAGAUGCCCACUAAAGAUGAAAAUAAAACUCAAAAAAUGGAACUUGAAGGGGUCAGUCCCAUAAAAUUGGAGUCAAACUCGGCAGGGGUGAACGUUGAUGAGAGUAACAGUGCGGAUGAAGAAAAGAAGAAUCUUGACGGACUGCUUAAUGAAGCAGAUAAAGAAACUGCUGAUGCCCAGAACCAAGUAAGCUGCAUUGACACAUCAAAAAUUGAUUGUGAAACUAAAGAAGCUUCUACUGGCAUGUACUCUGACAAUGCCAAAAAAUUAUGUUUUGUUGAUGGGAAACAACUGGUAGAUAUUGGAACAAACCCUCCAAGGAACAAUGACCCAGGAAUACCGUAUGAUUGGGCUACAGAACUAUUGAAGAAUUAUGUUCCUGGCUCAAUAGCGAAUUCUGCUAAAAUGGAAGUUUUUUUCUGCAUUUUGGAGGAGUCCAUGGCAUUGGGUGACCGCCUUCUAGUUUUCAGCCAGUCACUCUUCACCCUGAAUCUAAUAGAAGAUUUCCUCCAGCGUAGCAAUGUGCCUGGCCAAGAGGAGAAGUGGGCCCGCAGUAUUAACUACUACAGACUGGAUGGCAGCACAUCGGCUCUGGAACGAGAGAAGCUGAUCAAUGAGUACAACUCAAAUCCCAACAUCCAUCUCUUCCUGGUGUCAACAAGAGCUGGUUCUCUUGGAAUCAACUUGGUGGGAGCAAACCGUGUGGUUGUUUUUGAUGCCUCUUGGAACCCAUGCCAUGAUACACAGGCUGUUUGUAGAGUUUACAGAUAUGGGCAGAAGAAGCCGUGCUUUGUGUACCGCUUGGUGAUGGACAACUGCCUGGAGAAGAAGAUCUACGAUCGGCAAAUCAACAAACAGGGCAUGGCAGACAGGGUGGUGGAUGAGUGCAACCCCGAUGCCCACCUCUCCAUCAAGGAUGUGACGAACCUGUGCUGGGACAAGGAGGAAGACUCUGAAGUGAAGGAUUUCAGCAAGGAGAAAGACAAGUACAUUGAUGUGGUCAUGCAGAAGGUCCUAGACAAGUUCAGCUCCUGUCUAUCCAAGGAACCUUUCCAACACGAAAGCUUGCUGGUGGAUCGCAAGGAGAAAAAGCUGUCGCAGGCAGAGAAGCGUCUGGCCAAGCGCAGCUACGAGCUGGAGAAACAAGCAAGCAUCAACUACAACAGGCCUCAGUACUCGUACUACCCUGCCGGCGUGGGGAACACUGGCGGGCAGAGUGGACUGCAAAUCAGAGCCAUCCGCACAGACGGUGGUGGCACGGUCAUGGCCAAACCGAUAGCGAGUGUGCGGCCGAUGCAGGCCGAGUUGAACUCGCAGAUGGAGCGUGGCCCCGGGGGUCAGACCCGUUCGACCAUCACCACCUUGAACACGGGCCGGUCCAGAUGGAUCCCGGCGGAGGUGUGGCAGCGACAAGGAAUGAGCGCGCAGGAAAUGACCUUGCCAUUGGAUGUGGUGAUACCCACCAACUCCCCCGACAGAGCCUCAAUAGUUCUGAAAGCUGGGCAGAGGGUGAUGGUGCUGAAGAGCCCGAAAGGAAUAUACAUGCAGUUGGAGAAUGGAAAGAUAAUUGCUAUCAGAACUGCUUUCAAAGUCGGGGGUGCCGGGAAAGGCUCUAAUGUCCAAGAGAAAGCAGCAACGGAAAAGGAGGGAGAGAUCAAACCGUCAGAUUUGAAGAAAGAUUUCAACAUAUCCAGCAAUGUGGCUUCACGCACAAACACUAAGGUCAGCAAUGUCUUGCCUUUCAAAAACAACUCUGCAAUUACAAUCAUUCCAAAAACUACAACCUUGACGCCUGGUCGGUCAACACCCAAUAGACCAGCAAAUAAAAUGAUAACUAUCAAUAGACAAGAAACAGGAUUAAAGCCUUGGAACACAAGUUCCAGCAACGAAGCUCAAGGGAAGAUGAACUUGCUGGCAAAGCAGAGGUUGAUGGGUGCUAAAGUAAGUCAACAACCAACGGGUGAAGCUCGGCCAUAUUUUCAUCAACAACAAGGGAUGAGAAACAAGAAAAUGGCUGUUGGUGGAAAUCAGCUUACUGGAAUGGCAAAACCAUUUUUCCAUCAAGAGUUACAAAAGACCAAAGUUGGUGCUGGUAUGGGAUCAGUUAGUGUCAGAAAUGUCAACAUUCCUCCACCAACUAGUGAUGAUACAAGUUCUGGAGCUGAAAAUGUAUCAGCCAAUGAUGAUAAGGAUGAUGCAACUAUGAGAGAUGUUGAUACAGAUAAGUUCCAAUCUAUGGAAUUUCAAGAAGCCAGAAAAUAUUCUAGGAUUUCAGAUGAUGUGGAGCAAGAUUCUGAAAUGUCGAGUGAAGAUGCAAUGCCAAUAGGCAAAGAAGAUGGGAAUUUUACAUGUGCAACUGAAGAAUUUUCACCCCAAGUUAGACAGGAUGAACAAAAUUCUAUGGCAAAUUUUCAGACCUUAAGGGAAAAACAAAAUUGGCAGAAAGGAGAGAAGCCAGGUUGGCAGCAAGGAGAAAAGCAAGGCUGGCAGCAAGGAGAAAAGCAAGGCUGGCAGCAAGGAGAAAAGCAAGGCUGGCAGCAAGGAGAAAAGCAAGGCUGGCAGCAAGGAGAAAAGCAAGGCUGGCAGCAAGGAGAAAAGCAAGGCUGGCAGCAAAGAGAGAAACCAGACUGGCAACAAGGGGAAAAGCCAGGUUGGCAGCAAGGGGAAAAACCAGGUUGGCAACAGGGUGAAAAGUCAAGUUGGCAGCAAGGGGAAAAGCCAGGUUGGCAGCAGGGGGAGAAAUCAAGCUGGCAGCAAGGAGAGAAGCCAGGUUGGCAACAGGGUGAAAAACCAGGUUGGCAACAAGGUGAGAAGCCAGGUUGGCAGCAGGAGCAGGGGGAGAAAUCAGGUUGGCAACAAAGUGAAAAGUCAGAGUGGCAACAAGGUGAGAAGUCAGGCUGGCCACAAGGAGAGAAGCAAAGUUGGCAGCAAGGAGAGAAACCAGGCUGGCAGCAAGAGGAGAAGCCAGGCUGGCAGCAAGCAGAGAAGCCAGGCUGGCAGCAAGCAGAGAAGCCAAGCUUGCAGCAAGUGGAUAAGUCAGGUUGGCAGCAAGGUGAAAAACCAGGUUGGCCACAAGGUGAGAAGCCAGGUUGGCAGCAGGGAGAGAAAUCAGGCUGGCAGCAAGGAGAGAAGCCAGGUUGGCAACAGGGGGAGAAGUCAGGUUGGCCACAAGGUGAGAAGCCAGAGUGGCAUCAGGGUGAGAAGCCAAGCUGGCAGCAAGAAAAUGAGUCUCAUAACUUUAAUGUAGAAGGAAGAAAGUACCAAUGUGAAGACAAAAACUGGGAUAAGCCAGUGCAGCGAAAUAUAGAUCCAGUGCAAAGUUACCAACAUGGUGGAAAUAAAAAUAAUUUUUCUCCAGAAAAAUUAGAGUGGCAGAAAAAAACUAAAUCACCACUGUCAAAUAAAAGUACUGGAAAAAGUUUUGGUGAGGGCAACAAAUCUGAUGCAAAUGACAAAUGGGCAUCUUCACAUAACCUGCCUCCACAUAGUGACCAGAGAAACUGGAAUCCUCAAUCCAAAGAUAACCACAAAAAGGGUGGUUACAUUACAGACUCGUCAGUGGGAGAUCAUUCUAAUGAAUGGAAAACAACACGGACCCAAGGAACCCCAGGAAGUUACGUGAGUGACGGGAGACAUUUUACUAAGGAAACUGUUGAAUGGAAGAUGGAUCCUAAUAAAAGGAACACCAAAUUUACUGGAGCUGCUGGAGAUUAUUCACAGAACAGAAAUUGGUCAGAUCAGAGAAACGAAUACCAAAAUACCCAAGAUAUGUCUGCAAAAAAUCUGGGUAAUAGUGGCGAAUUUUUAAAAAGUAAUGAAAGUAAGAAUUUUCAUUAUGAUGGCAGUAAAUUACAGAAAACAACUAGUGAAGAACAAAACUUUACUCAGGUGAAUUUUGGUGGUGCAAGUACAAAUGAAUCAAGGCACUCUGAGUUAUUAAAGUCUGUAUCUUCUGGUCAAACUGCUGGAAAAGAAUUUCCUUGUGGUGCUGUCACAGUGCAAAAAAUGGAACCAGCAAUGCAUUCUCCAAUGUUAAAAAGUCAUCACAGCAACACCGCAUCUCUGAAGAACUAUCGACAUGCCACUUUUACCCAAAGCACUCAGCGUCGAGAAGUAGAAUCAAACCUGGAUAACACAGUCACGACCUCUAGUUCUUCUGCAGAUUCCCCCUCUGGUGAUCACAGUGUUAGGCCUCCGUCACAUGGAAGCGAUCAUUACAAUAGGUCACCAAUUUCUGCUCAUGAAACCAACAAAGAUGUGGGUAUUGCCUCGAAUGCUUCUUAUGCUUACGAAUCAAGAAUGCAACCGGAUCAUAUGAUUAGAAAGGUGAAUGAGCCAAAUAUGAACUAUAAUGAGGAUAGUUUGAAAAUGAAACACACUUCCAAAGUUGACUCUGCAUAUAAUUAUACACCACUAAUGAAUGAAGAUGUACGAAGUGGAGAAAAUAAUAGAAAGUCUGUAGCUCAAAGCCAACAGUAUUCCAACAUUAACACAACCCAAACAGUUUCUUCUAGCCCUGUAAAUAAGAAGGGACGGGGUUCAAAAUCCACAAAGCAAGACAACAGAUCAACCAUGAGUUUUACAGCUGGCUAUGAUUCAGAUCAUACCACAAAUGUCACCUCUCCUCAGUCAAAACAAUUUCAAAAUAAACCUGUCAGCAGUGAAGGUUUGUCUCUGCAGCAUACACAGACAGUGAACCAAAUUGUUAAGCGUCGUUCACCACAAGAUCCCUCAAAGUCACCAGAUACGUACAGCAGCCCCGGGUAUAACCAUCCUCAUUUGGGAGCACCAGGUUACUUUGGCUACGGCCACCAAGUGAUGCCUCCGAUGCAACUACCGAGUACUCACGUGCAAGAUACAGGCAGGGUGCUUUCAGAACACUUGAGCGAGGAUAAGGGGAAACCACUGGAACUGUCAAGUGGCUCUAAGAAAGAGAGUAACAAGAGCGCUGAUGCCAGAGAAUCUAAAAAGGAGUCGAAACCAUCGCAAGCAAAUAUGAAAGAUGAUGCGAAGAGUGUGGCAAGCCCAGGGAGUGCGAGCGGGUCACGCAGUGGGAACAAUAGCGCCAGAUCCACUCCUGCCCUGCCACCGGCCUCUGCUGCAGAUACCGCAUCAUCUCACACCUCGCCCGCCCCGGCGACCCCGGCCAACUUCUCUCCGUACCCCGGGGCCGCCGUCCCCGGCUCGGUGUCCCAGACUCCGUUCGACUCCGUGCUGAGUGCUUACCCGUCGACCUCUCCGUACAACCUGUCCGCUUCGAGUGCAGGAGCCGCUCCCAGCCCAUUUUCGGCCCCUGCCGGAAGCUACGGAGUACCGUUGCGACCACCUCCCACUGCAAACUCCGUCACCCCGUACGGCACUCCCGCCGCUUACGGAUACGGCGCUGCAUCCACGAGUCAGUACGAUUCCGACUACGCGAGGGCCUCCAUGUACAGUGCUUUCCAUCGGCCGGAACCUCACCACUUCCCGGCCCCUCCCACGGACCUCGGCUCGCCGUUUCUACCGUCCGCCAACCCGUCACCGUUCGGUCUCUCCCCUCACCACGCUACCCCGGCAUUCCCCACCAACCCGGGUGCGACGCCCACCUCCAACUACUAUCCCCAGAACAUGUACGCCGCCAACCCUUACGCGGCCAGACCGGCGUACACGGCCGGCGACCCUGCUUACGGCGUACCUUACGGGACGGCGGCGGCCGGCUUCAGCCCGUUUCUGAACCACCUGCCGGGAUCCAUGCAUCAGCAUCCGUACGCUGCUCUGUCUCACCCCGGCUCCGCGGCUCCGGCCCCUCCGGCCGCACCCCAGCCCACAGAGCGGCCCGCACAGUAGGCGCAAGUGUAGUCAGUGUUUUUAAAUAUGGUAGUAGUGUCACUUGUGUUUCUGCUCUUGGUAAACAUUAUAUCUGCGUUUGCAUUGUCCGGAGGAAGUUUUGAAGUUGCUGCAAGAUUUUAUUACUGAAUUUGUUUGUUUUUUUUGUAUGAUCUAUAUUGUCCAAUUACGUGUUUUUUUUAUUUUUAUGUACAUAACAUUUUUGCAUUUAUUUUAUUUGUGAAUGCUAAUAUGAACUAUGAACUGAAAAAAAAAAAUUAGUAUUAGCACAUUUGUAACUUAUUCAACCGCAAUAAAUUGGGUAUGUUAAUUCAAUACAAAAAUUCUUCUCCCUGCCAGUUGUGAAGAAAAUUCAAUGGAAUUCAGUAAAGUGUUUUGUGUCUUGUCAAUAGUUAUAUUGGAAAGCAAACUAAUAAUAUAUUGUCAGAAAGUGUUAUUUGAUGGAAUUUGUCUUUCAUGUCUUACCAAGAAACAUCAGAUUUAUUGUAUUAGUAACUGUUGUGCAAUCUUGUCCGUAGCAUUUGUAGAACAACUCCGAGCACUAAGUUAUGUUAACAUUAAGUGAUUCUACGUAGUUUCUUGUAGCUGUUAGAUGGUUAUUGAGAACUUUGGCAUGUACAGUAUGUGUAAAUAUUUUGUUGUUUAAGAUAAAUGUAAAAAGUUAAUAUAUUGUAUUUGCAUAAAUCUGUUUUUACAGUUAAAAUUAUUUCAAAAUUGCUCACUAAUUCAUGUCCCUGUUGUUUAGAGCAGUUUAAAUUUAUAGAUUAUGUUUUAUCACAUUGAAUAACAAGUCCUUACUACUCCCAAAGAAACAGGAAGUUUCUCCCCUAUGUGUUCUUUAUACACUUUCCUGCCUGUAUCAAAGUUGUCACUGCGAGCAGUUUUUCUUUAACAUUAAUGUGUAUUCGUGGAAGAAAAUAAGUACGUCUAACUUUUGAGAAAGCAUUAAGUGUAUCCAUCUUAUAUCAAAACUGAAUUGCUGUUUUGGCUAUGUCCAGUUGAUAUAUUGAAGUACAUGUUUUGAACACUAAGUACUUCUAGGUGUUCUUGCAAUGCAGCAUUAAAUUACAAAAAGAAAUAGGAAAAACUUAAGAUAGUUUCCGAAAUGCUUAAUUGUGUACACAUGUACUUUUGAGCAAGGGAAUAUGCAGAAUCUUGGAUCUUCAACAUCAGUUUUGUAUCCUAACUUAUAUAUUAUGCUGUUUAUAUAUUUUUAAAGUUUUUUAAAAGAAAUUAUAUUUUAAAACCUAUUUAAUGCUUUUUUAAUGCAAGUAUUAUGUUUUUGAAUCAGAAUUAUUUAUUCCACUGAAAACUAUAUGAAGUUCACCUGGUUUAUUGAUACUUUUAAGCAUACUUAAUUUCUAAUUUUUUAAAUUUAAAAUUCUAAUUAUAUAAAAUGAUAUGUAUCAUAUCAUCUCAUUAACACUAUCAUGUUGUAUUGUAUAGUUACGUGUUAUUUCUGUUUAAUUAGCAGUUCGUAUUGGGCACUUGUUAAACAGUUGAGUUUUGAUAGCCUAAUCUCUGUUCAUCUGAACUUUUAGAUCAUUACUAUGCAACCAUUAAUGAUAAAAUUUUGUGAGAGUAGCAACUUUUUUGUAUUUAAAAUGCCUGUAUAAAAAUAUAAUUUAAAAUAUACAAAAAUUUUUAAAUAGAUUGGUUCAGAUGUUGCCACCCCUUUUUAUUUAUAAGGCGUCGUUCUUAACUUUGAUGCCCUGCGGCAUCCAUGUCCACAGGAAAUGGAUAUGCCAUUUCAACGCAGUUGAGAUGUCUUGCCAACCACUUAGUUGGCUCAGAUUAAAGCUCCACACCUGAGCACUAUCUGACUCACCUAAACUUCUCCCAUCAUUCCGAAACCCGUGAUCUGGUGAGGGUCUGUCCAACCUCUCAUAGCUUUUGCGGGCUAGUGCCGGAGGAAAAUAAACACUAUAAUUUUACACUAUUUUAUCUGUUGGAGACAUAAUUUUAAAAGUUCUUAGUAAGUCCAUUCUGUAAAUAUAAUAUUUAUGCAUACCAUGUUGAUCCAAAUCCAAAACACUAUCAAUUAUAAGGUAAUAUAAGAUGCUCUACAAUUUAAGUAACAUAGGAUGUUUGGAAAUGGCUGGGUAUAAAUUUAAUGCAGGGUAGGAAAUGUCAAGACAAAUAAUUUUUGUUCAGGAAAAUAUGUUCUGAAAUGAAACCCUGCAGAGUACAGGCACCAACGUAAGGGUGCGAAACUAGGCGGCACACCAGUGGCUGAUAGGAAGAGCAAUCCCAACAUUGCAACUUUCAAAUGCUUUGCGGUUGUUUAGAGUUAGCCAUUCGCACUAGCAACCAACUGUCUGGUGUACAGCACUCUUCAUGAUGUGAAACUCGUAAUUUCAGGCAAUCACUGGUUAAGAUGUGAGAGGAUCUUCCUAAUCAGUGCAUGCCAUCUUCUGCUAAUGUAAAAUUUUUGAUGCCAGUGUUCAUAAAUUCUGUAAUCACAGCACCAUACUCGCAAAACCGUCAAAGCUGCCUUUAUCGUCCACCAGACUCCUAGUUGCUAAUGCAUAUUGCUAACUCUUUAACAUCUGCGAUCUGUUUGUUGCCUGCUUCCCGCUGAGUGUUUGAAUAUUACAGCACUAUGGUGCUGUGUUAAAUUGCACCAAGAUUUAUAUUGGCAUGUUUUUAUUCACGCCUUUAACUUAGCUUGGUUGCAUAUCCGGAUGUAUGUUCCUUUACAAAAUUUGCUUGUUUUGGUAUUCUCUACCACUCAUUAAAUUUAUGCCCAGCAAUUUCUGAACAUGCUGUAUAUUUAUUUUAAAGGCAAAUUUCAAUUAUUUUGAUAAUCCCACGUGCUGCCCGGAAGGUUUUGAGCACAGGCUGUGUUAAGUCUACCUUGCAGUUAAUUAGCUGCUUCCACCUUCAAUAAGAAAGUUGUUCUGUUCUAUGUGAAUGGCUUUUUGUCAGAAAUACGCAGUAGCCUCACACGGUGUUCCUGUGGCCGGCGUCCUGAAUUACCGUCUUGAAGAAUAACAUGCUUCAUUGAUUGAUACUUAUUACAUAUCUUGAUGUGUUGGCUUGUAAAUAUAGCAAGUCAGCAGUGUUGUAAGCUGCAUUUUAUUUUAAAAUCUCAAACCUCAAAAAACAGGUUUGUCUUAUUAUGGAAUGAAGUUAGUGAAUGCAAGACACCAUCGGUUGUAGGAUGCUCAAAAUAAUGCUAAAAGGUGCAUUGUAAUGUUGAGUAAAUUCAAACAUAUUUAAUAAUUUUAGAGUAAUGAUCAUUUUUAGCCCUUUUCAUGUUUUUCCUCUUCAUCUAAAUGUAAUUUGAACAAAAAAAAAUUGUAUGAUUUUUUUUUUUUUUUUGUGGUUUAAAAAAAAACCAAUGCUUCUCUGCAAUAAUAAUAGUUGUGUGCUUGUUUCUAAAAAUAUUUGAAAGUCAUACAUUUACCAUUGCAAGAACUGGUGUUUUUUUUUACCUAGGCAUGCCUUUGUUAAGCAUUAAGUUUAAAACAGAAUUUACUUGUAUUAAAAAAUCAAACACAAGCAUACAUAGUUGAAUGUUAAAAUGACUUACGUUAGUGACAAUAGAAGUUGUCAGUUUAGUGAAAUUUUGAUACAAAAUAUUUUACAGUAAAUUUGUAUAAUGUUACUUAACUCACGCUACAUUUAUCAUAGUUCCUUUAGUAAAUGUUUCAUUAUAUCCAUACCUACUCAAACGAAAUGCUUUCUCAAAAGUAGUAUUCAUCUAGAUGUAGACAGUGCAUUACCAGUACCUUGUGGUUCUCACAGAUUGUCCCUUAUAGUGCUCAUUGAGUGUAUCUUGCGCUGGGCAUAAACAAUUUGCUGUCUGUCGCAGAAAGCCGGGGAUUUCUCUUUUUCGAGCUACUCUUAUUUUGAAUUUGUAUAUUUGUGGUCAUUUAUUUUUUAGCCUUGCUUGGUUUUAUUUAUUUUGUAACUAAGAUGAUAAAUAUAAUUUGUCAUCCUGGAAUCUCGGUAGUACUAGUGAGCAGCAAGGCUGUAGUAAUUUAAGGGAAAAUUUCGCGGCAUUUAAUUUCUGAAUUACACUGAGCCGUAUUAGCAUUCAUUUACCAGUUUCAGUACGUCUAUUGGCCAGAAUUAUAAUUGUAUAAACAUUACCUAGGACUUAAUUUAAUUUUGCAUAUAUAGAUGCUAUGUAAAAGUAUAACUUAAGAGAGACAACAGAAGUCGUGAGUGUGUCUUACUUCAAGUGAUUGUUGGUUUAUUUAUAUUAUUCUGCAGCCCUACACUUGAGAUCACAACCUUACACAUUCCAUACCUUCUUAUUUGCAAGGCUCUCUGGAAUGCUGGUUAUUGAUGCUGUGUUUAGAAAGUACCUAGCAGUGUGAUGUAAAAGGUUGCAAGGAAUACACAGACAGUUUUUGAGUUAAUACUGGUGUCAUGCAUUUGAACUUUGGUCUGAGUGUGUUAGUAAAGUUUUGGCAAUACAGGUAUACUUGCUGAUAAUUUUUUGUAUCACUAUUCAUGUACAGCAUUAAUGAUUCACAAAGAAAUAUUUAUAGGAGCUGCAGUUGUUUUUCUGUGUUUUGGCAUUGUGUAUGUGUACUAUCUAUAUUAUUUUUGUGCAAAAUUGACUUCUCCUUUUUUAUAUAUAUACAUAUAUUUUUCUAGCAGUUUGGAACUCAAACAUUAAUUUCUUUACACUUUUUUUUUAAUUUGAGUAUGUAAUUUUUUUUAUGACUGUUGGCACUUACAAAGAAAUGUGUUCGUCAAUCUUCAAAACAAAUUUUGAUUUGUUACAAAUAAUUUUGUUGAUGUGUUGUUGGCUGGCUUUGGAUGGUGAAAUUUUACAUUUGAGUGGUGGUAGCAAGGCAGAAGACUAUUGAUUCGUGAUAAUCCGUGUUAACAUCUAGAUAUUUGUGUAAAUACUGCAUUUUACUAUCAGUCUUGAAAGGUACAGUUUCAUAAACUUUUGCAAGUUGUAAUUUACUUGUAGUUUUAAAUUGUAUCUAAUAUCUUUGUUGCUGUGUGUAUGUUAGGAACAUGCCAAAUUAAGUUAUUGAUUGGUAAAAUAAAUACAUAAAAUACGAAA